UAAUUUCUACUGCCAUCUUCACACUCAAGUUUUGUUUUGAGAGCUUCGCGUCAUCGUCGUUCGAAAUCUUUUUUUUUUUCGUUGUCCAGUCGAAUUUCAAUUACGUGAUAAACGAAGUCACGAGAGCGUUAGGAAAUAGUUCUCAUGUAGAGAAAAAAAGGGCCACUAGUUUAAAAUACUUUCUAUGAUAAUUAAUCGAUUUGAAAUUUGUUCGAUACGUUAUGUCGAUGUCAAUAACGAAUUUUUAAAUUCAUCCCAAGUUGAUCUCUGUUCAGAGACUCGACUCCACACCGGCAAUACACAUUUUCGCGUAUAUUAAAUUCGGCUGUAUUCUUCUCGCACCUGGUCGCAAAGAGGGGGACAACAUUCGAGCAGCUGCAUUUCAGUUGAGAAUUUGAAAGACGUGUUAUAACGUGCAAACAUGAGCGACCAACAAACAAUUGAUCUUGCUCAACCUGCAGAGUUAUCUCAUAAUGACGUUGAGAAACUCGAAGAAGCUAAGCUGAGAGCUAAAUUCCCCAAUACUGGUGGAAGACCGAUUAGUGGACAUUCUGCUUUUUUGCAAAAGAGGCUAGCCAAAGGGCAAAAAUACUUUGAUUCUGGUGAUUAUCAAAUGGCCAAACAAAAGUCGGCAGCAAAACCAAAACCAACGGGAGUAUUGCCAACAGGAGAUGCGAUACCAACUCCAGAGUCGGUGCCGCAGCGCAAAACGUCGAUAAUCCAACAGAAAUUCAACACAUCAAGUAGUUCGUAAGCGUAGUAGAGUGUUCUAUGGCGUGCGAUGUUCGGUGCAGAAGAAAAGGUUCGAUGGAUUAUCUUUUUUCAAACCAGUUGAGCGAGUGUACUAGUGUUUGAGAAAAAAGGAGAGUCAAAAGUGACGUCAAGUUGUAGGAGUUUUUUUUAGAUAUUAAGUCUUUCAUGCAUAAUGGGGGAGAAAAAAAAAUAUUACAAUUCGGAUUUGCCAUUGAUGAAAUUCAACGAAAAAUGGAAAGAAAAAAACAACCUCAAUCUUUUGAAUCUUUCAUUCGCGGAUGAGGGAAAAUAAUUUUUGUUACAUACUGAUGACGUAAUAUUGAGUACCAUAAAAAAAAUCGCAUCGUCUUGAGCUUCGAUUGUAGGCAUUAUUUCGUUCUUCGUUCAACUCUGUCAAAGUGUUCCGAAGAGCCAUACCUUUUAGUGACCUUCGAGAUCAUUUGCUAAUCGGUGCAAAGCACAUGCUUAUAACGACCUUGUCGUGAUAAUUGAUUGAAACGAAGAACGGUGGAACAAACUCUAAUAUAAAUAGAUAUAAAACAGUGAAGUAUAUUUUAAUUCUAUUGAAAAAUGUGGUUCACACAGUGUCCAGAUAAUCUUAUUUUUUAUGUCAACCGUGAGAACUAACAAACCAAUGAACUUUCAAUUUCUAUUAUUUCCUCAAAGAUGUAGAAUAAAUAAUUUGGAAAAAACUGAACUCGAGAAUCUUUUUCACUGUAGUUUUACAAACGGUGUGAACCAACAAUGUUUAUCCGUCUUGGACGUCGAGAAUGCAUGUGUACUCGAGAGUCUUCAAUCGAAUUUGAAUAACCUUCAAUUAUUAUUAAUAUACAUAAAUAUAUUUACGAACUCAUCCAACUAAUAUAUUUUUUAGUUCUAAUUCAAAAACUCUAAAUUAAAGAUUACAAAAAAAUAGAGCCUUUUUCUCUGUUUCAUCAUUCUCACCGAUAGCCUUGCUAAUGGAAAUUCGAUCUUAUUUUUGUAUUCGUUUUUGAAUAAUGAAAGACGGAGAUAAUGUAAUUAGAAAAUAAAGAGUACAAUUAUUGAACAAAA